GGGGGGGACAGACCCAAACCGACACCCCGCAAACCGCCGCGACCCCCACCCCAUGCGGUCCCGUGCGGGACGGCGCCGCCCGGGGCAGCGGGGGCCGGAGCUGGGACCCCCGGCAGAGGGAAGCUGAGGGGCGCCCCCGCGUCGCCCCCCGCGUCCUCCCGCCCAGCCACGGGCAGCGCGAUUGGGAGGAAAACGUUAAAAUCGGUGAUUUUUGGUGUGGGGCUGAGCCUGGGGAAGGCGGCGGAUCCCCCCAACCCCCCCCGACGGCUCGGGAAGCCGUGGUGGCAUCGGAAGCCUUCGCCCUUCGCCCUCCCCUCCUCAACCUGUCCUUCCUCCUCCUCCUCCUCCUCCUCCUCCUCCUCCUCCUCCUCCUCGCCCAGCUGUAAAUCCGCCGGCCCGGAGCUGGAGCGUGGGGCUGGGCGCAGGGAAGGCCUCGGGCUGGGCGGAAAAACAGGCGAAAAAAGGGGGAAAAGAGGAAAAGAAGAAGGAAAAAAGGAAAGGAAAUGAGGGAAAAAAGGAGCCGGCAAGAUUAAAGAGGAGGAAUAACGAGAAGAAAAGGGGAAAGGGAGGAAAGGAGAAGGAAAACGGGAGGAAAAGGGAUUAGAGGGGAGGAAUAAAGAGAGAAGAAGGGGGAAAGGAGGGAAAAAGGACUAAAGGAAAAAAGGAAGAGGGGAAAAGGAGGAAAAAGGAGGAAAAAAGAAAGAAAAAAGGAGGAAAAAAGAAAGAAAAAAGAAGGAAAAGGGGGAAAAAAGAGGAAAAAGAAGGCAAAAGAUGGAAAAAAAAUAAGGAGAAAGGAGGAAGAAAGAAGGAAGAAGAAGGAAGGAGCCGGGAAACGACGGCGGCCGCCGCUGGGAAGAGCCUCUUCUCCAGGUGGAUUUUCCCCGAGGGAAGCACAAGGCUCUGACUUUCCCCUGCUCUGAUUGAGCUGCUCUGCUUCUCUCAGUGAACAGAGGGGUGUGUGUGGACCCCGAAAUGAGCCGUCCCUGGUGAAGACAUUGGACUCAUUUGCUGUUUUCUUCUCAAAACACCCAAGUUCCACCUGUGAAGGGAGAGGUUUGGGAUGUGGCCGCUCCAGGAUGGACCCACAGGGUUCUCAGGGCUCUGAUCUGGACCUGCCAGAGGCACCUGAAGGUCGGAUGGAGGAGCAGCACCCUGAGCAGGGAGAGACCCUCCCGGCCCCUUCCAGUGGUGAACAGACCCCCCAGCUCGCAGAGGAGGCCGUGAGUGGGCAAGUGGUGGUGGCUGGUGGCCAGAAGAGCCUGGCAGCACAGGGACAAGCUGCUGAGCCGUGCAAGGAGGGGGAGGAAGAGGAGGAUGAGGCUUCCCACCCUGGCCUGGGGCAGUCAGGCUGUGCCACACAUCUACUCUGUGACGAGCAUCCGAGGGGAGAGGCUGCAGAGGCACAGCUGGGGGGGGAUGGGGGGGCCCUACUGGCUGCCCCCGUGGCUGCUGCAGUGGCUGGGGCACUAGAGCCCCUUUCAGAGCCCCCCCAAGCCCAGACCCCCUCAGAGCCCCCCAAAGCCCAGACCCCACCAGAGUCCCCCAAAGCCCAGGCCCCACCGGAGCCACUCCAAGCCCGGAGCCCACCAGAGCCCCCCAAAGCCCAGACUCCACCAGAGCCACUCCAAGCCCAGACCCCACCAGAGCCCCCUCAAGCCUGGACCCCCUCAGAGCCCCCCCAAGCCCAGACCCCACCAGAGCCCCCCCAAGCCCGGAGCCCACCAGAGCCCCCCAAAGCCCAGACCCUGCCAGAGCCCCCCAAAGCCCAGACCCCACCAGAGCUCCCUCAAGCCUGGACCCCUUCAGAGCCCCCCCAAGCCCCGACCCCACCAGAGCCCCCCCAAGCCCGGAGCCCACCAGAGCCACUCCAAGCCCAGACCCCACCAGAGCCCCCUCAAGCCCAGACCCCACCAGAGCCCCCCAAAGCCCAGACCCUGCCAGAGCCCCCCCGAGCCCAGACCCUGCCAGAGCCCCCCCGAGCCCAGAGCCCGUCCCAGGGGGCAGAGACAGACUUUUACUGCGUCAAGUGGAUCAGCUGGAAGGGCGAGCGGACGCCCGUCGUCAUGCAGAGCGAGAACGGGCCCUGCCCGCUCCUGGCCAUCAUGAACAUCCUCCUGCUGCAGUGGAAGGUGAAGCUGCCCCCGCAGAAGGAGGUGGUCACGGCCGAGGAGCUGAUGGCCCAUUUGGGGGAUUGUAUCCUGGGCACCCAGCCCCGAGAGCCCUCCGAGGGGCUGCAGCUCAACUUCCAGCAGAACAUCAACGACACCAUGAUGGUCAUUCCCAAGCUCUCCACGGGCCUGGACGUCAACGUGCGCUUCACGGGCGUCUCAGACUUCGAGUACACACCCGAGUGCAUCAUCUUUGACCUCCUCAACGUGCCCCUCUACCAUGGCUGGCUGGUGGACCCCCAGAGCCCAGAGGUGGUGCAAGCCGUGGGCAAGCUGAGCUACAACCAGCUGGUGGAGAAGAUCAUCACCUGCAAACAGGCCAGCGACUCGGGGCUGGUGAGCGAAGGGCUGGUGGCUGAGCAGUUCCUGGAGGCCACGGCCUCGCAGCUGACGUACCACGGGCUGUGUGAGCUCACAGCCGCCGCCAGGGAGGGAGAGCUCAGCGUCUUCUUCCGCAACAACCACUUCAGCACCAUGACAAAGCACAAGGGCCACCUCUACCUGCUGGUGACAGACCAGGGCUUCCUGCAGGAGGAGGGGGUGGUCUGGGAGACCCUCCACAACGUGGAUGGCGACAGCUGCUUCUGUGACACCGAGUUCCACCUCAGCCACGCUCCGGGCAAGGGGGGAGCCACUGCCGGCCCCCUGGAGCCCCGGCUGCAGCAGAGACAAGUGGAUCAGGAUUACCUCAUGGCGCUGUCACUGCAGCAGCAGCAGGGCCAGGGCCCCUCGGCGCUCAGUGACCUGGAGCUGGCGCGGCAGCUGCAGCAGGAGGAGUAUCAGCAGCAGCAGCAGCUCCCAGUGCAGGGUCGCCCCCAGCCCGGCAGCCGCCCGGCCACGGAGCGGAGACAGCGGCACAAGCCCGACUUGGACUGCACCCUCCUGUAGUGGGGGGCACUUGGGGGGCUCUGCCCUGCCCCAUCCAGCCCCUCUCAGUCCCCACUCCCCCCUGGCUGGGAGACCCCACGGGACACACACCAGGGGUCACCCCUCCUCACCCACCGCCGGGACCACCUGCAUCUUUCCAGUGGCCUUAACACGGGGGGGGUCUCACCCCUCGAUUCCUGCUCUGAGACGUGGGGGGACACGUGCCUUGGGGUGGGGGAGGGGGCACACGACCCCCCCCCGUGUCUGAACCGUGGCCUUAGCCCUUGGCAAAUAAAACACUUGUCCCUG